AUGGACACAGAAACCAUUCUUAUAGUAGCAGGCAUAGCUAUUUUUAUAGUAGCCUUGGUCUUCAAAUUUUUGAAGAAGGACGCAAUUGUUGAAGAAGUUAAGGUUGAACAAAAAGUUUUGACCAAAAAAAAGGAAAGUACCAUAACUUAUGGUAAAGUUACUUUGUUCUUCGGUUCUCAAAGCGGUACUGCAAAUAAGUUUUGCAACAUUCUCUCUUAAGAAGCUUUAGAUAAUGAUUUUGAACCCAGUGUUGAAGAUUUGAAAGACUUUAAAAAAGAGUUUUUCACUUAAGGAGAUAAUUUAGUCAUAUUAUGCAUGGCCACCCAUGGAGAAGGUGAUCCUACUGAUAAUGCCAAAGAAUUCUUUGAGUGGAUUAAAAAUCACUAAGAAGAAAAUGCCUUCAAGAACAUUCGUUUCACUGUUUUUGGUUUGGGUAAUACUCAAUACGAACACUACAAUGCUAUGGGUCGUCAAACUAAUUAACAUUUCGAGCGUCUUGGAGCUAAGAGAGUCUACAAAUAUGGUGAAGGUGAUGAUAAUAGCUCAUUAGAAGAUGACUUCAAUGAAUGGAAGGAGAACUUGUGGACUGAACUCAAGAAGAUUAUCACUCCUAUUGAUUUAACAAAAUAAAAUGAUUAAAGUGCUGCCUCUCAUCACAAUAAAAAGAAAUCUGGUACUGCUUUCAAGUUAGUUCCAACUGAAGCUGCAGAAAUUAAUUUUGAAAAUGCUAAAAACGAUGGAAAGAAGUACGAAUUCUUAACUGAUGGUUAUAUUCAUGGAACUGUCGCUAAUGUCAAGAGCAUUAAGGAAUUACGUUAAAACAACAAUGAUGGAUCUACUCUUCAUAUGGAAAUCGAUUUAAAGAACACUAACUUAAAGUAUAAGACAGCAAUGAACAUAGAGAUUUUUGCUGAAAAUGAUCCUGCUCUUGUUGAAAAGGUAGGAGCCCAUUUGAACUUAGAUCUCAAUCAAAGAGUAGAACUUGUUGUUGAUGAAGAAUUUAUUGAAAAAUUCAAGUAUCCUUUCCCCUCUCCAAUAAGCAUCAGAAGCAUUUUAACCAAGUUCUGCGACUUUUAAGGUUAACUUAUGAAAAAAACUCUUAAAGACUUAGCAAAAUUAACUACUAACGAAGAGCACAAAUCUAAAUUAGAAAAAUUAGCCUCUGCUGCUGGUAAGAAAGAGUUUGAUAGCGAAAUCUACUAAAAGAAGAAAUGCCUUUUCGAUUUAUUGAAAGAAUACUAAAUUGUUCCUACCCUUGAAUAAUUUGUUGAUCUUUGUCCUCGUCUUAGCCCUCGUCUUUUCACAAUUUCUUCUUCCGAUGUUAAAAAUCCUGAAAUAGUUACUGUAACUGACAGUCUCGUUGCAGAUAAGCUUGAAGAUGGCAGCAUUAAGCAUGGUAUAUGCUCUAAGUAUUUAAUUAAUUUCUAAAACAAACUCAAGAAUGGUAUGACUGGUAACAGAAUCAGAGUAGGUUUCAAGGCUUCUAGCUUUAUUCUUCCUCAAGACAGCAAAACUCCAAUCAUCAUGAUUGGUCCCGGAACUGGUAUUGCACCUUUCAUCGCCUUCUGCUAAGAAAAGGAAGCUCUUUUAGAAAAAGGUAUUAAUAUCUGCCCUGGUGAAUUUACUUUAUACUUUGGCUGCAGACAUCAAAAUGGUGAUUAUAUUUUCAGAGAAGAACUCGAAUAAUACGUUAAGAGUGGCAUCAUCAAUAAGCUAUACACAGCCUUCUCUAGAGAUCAAGGUAGUAAGGUAUACGUUUAAGAUUUGAUGAUUAAAAACGAAGAAGAAAUUUAUAACACCUUCUUCGAAAGAAAUGGUUUAAUAUACAUUUGUGGUGCUACUGCUAUGGGUGAAAGUGUAGUUAAUGCUUUAAGAAAGAUUGUUCAAAAAUUCAAAAAUAUUGAUGAACAAGAAGCUCACAAAUUUGUUGAAAAUUUAGAAAAAGAAAAAAGAAUCAUCAAAGAAUUAUGGUGA